AUGUCUAACAAGGUGAGCAAGAAAACAUCUACCAAAGCUGAUAGCAACGGUCCUGCUGCUUUGGCUGCUAAAAUUAGAGCUAAAGCUCUUGAGAAUCAAAAGAAAUUGAAGGAAACUGGAACCACGUCUAUGAACGAGAGCGAUGAGGAAACCGGUAACACUAAGAGACAAGUAAUUAGAACAGAGGCGGAUAUAGAAGAAAAUACAUCUGAAAAGACUUUCACUUCUUUCAAUGAGUUAGAUCUUGUCCCAGAACUAAUACAAGCUUGUCACAACUUGAAUUUCUCCAAACCAACUCCAAUUCAAUCAAAAUCUAUUCCACCUGCUUUGGAAGGCCAUGAUAUUAUUGGUUUGGCUCAAACAGGUUCUGGUAAAACAGCUGCAUUUGCUAUUCCAAUUCUUAACAAACUUUGGGAAGAUCAGCAACCGUACUAUGCAUGCAUUUUGGCACCAACAAGAGAAUUGGCACAGCAAAUUAAAGAGACCUUUGACUCGUUAGGUUCCUUGAUGGGUGUUCGUAGUGUAUGUAUCGUUGGUGGUAUGAAUAUGAUGGAUCAAUCCAGAGAACUAAUGCGCAAGCCACACAUCAUUAUUGCGACUCCUGGUAGAUUAAUGGAUCAUUUGGAAAACACAAAAGGUUUUUCUUUACGUAAAUUGAAAUUUUUGGUUAUGGAUGAAGCUGAUAGAUUAUUAGAUAUGGAAUUUGGACCUGUCUUAGAUCGUAUUUUAAAAAUUAUUCCAACCCAGGACAGAACUACUUAUCUAUUCUCUGCUACAAUGACAUCCAAGAUUGAAAAGUUACAGAGAGCAAGUUUAACAAACCCUGUCAAAUGUGCGGUGUCAAAUAAAUAUCAAACUGUUGAAACUUUAGUCCAGACACUUAUGGUAGUUCCUGGUGGUUUAAAAAACACUUAUCUGAUAUAUUUAUUAAAUGAAUUUAUAGGAAAGAGUAUUAUCGUUUUCACAAGGACCAAAGCAAAUGCUGAAAGGCUUUCAGCAUUAUCAAACUUACUUGAAUUUAGCUCAACAGCAUUACAUGGUGACUUAAACCAAAACCAGAGAACUGGUGCCUUAGACUUAUUCAAGGCUGGUAAAAGACAAAUUCUAGUCGCAAUUGAUGUUGCUGCUAGAGGUUUAGAUAUCCCAUCAGUGGACAUAGUUAUUAAUUACGAUAUUCCAGUUGAUUCCAAAUCAUAUAUUCAUCGUGUGGGUAGAACUGCGAGAGCAGGCAGAUCUGGUAAAUCCAUCUCACUGGUUUCGCAAUAUGACUUAGAGUUAAUUUUAAGAAUCGAAGAUGUUUUGGGGAAGAAGUUACCUAAGGAAAAUGUUGACAAAAAUACCAUCAUGAUGUUCAGAGAUUCCGUCGAUAAAGCUAAUGGUGAAGUUGUCAUGGAGAUGAAUAGAAGGAACAAAGAAAAACAGGCUAGAGGUAAAGGAACUCAAAAGUCUAGAUCAAGAGCAAGAGAGACAUGGAUAGAGGUGAACGUUGAAUAUUAG